AUGAAUGCUGAAAGCUCCACAACCAAAAUCAUUUCAUUAGUUGGUAAUAUCCUAGCAGGUUCUGCCUCCAACGGAGAGAAAGAGAAGGAGGAGAAAAAGAGUGGUGCGAAAAAGCUCGUGGUUAUAUUCAUUUCUUCUGGAGUACUAAUUUUAGCACUGUUUGGUGGAGGUGUAGUUUUUAUCAUAAAGCGGAGAAGAGAAGCAUCUAAAAGUGAUGAUGAAGAUAUAGAACUGAAAAUAUUCAAGUUGGAAACUAUUGUGGCGGCAACAAACAACUUCUCCUGGGAAAACAUGAUUGGAGAAGGAGGUUUUGGCCCCGUAUACAAGGGGAUUUUGUCUGCAGAAGGAGAAAUAGCCGUCAAAAGAUUGUCAAGGACUUCGCAACAAGGCAUCAAAGAGUUCAAGAAUGAAGUUAUCUUGAUCGCGAAACUUCAACAUAGAAACCUCGUCAGGCUUUUGGGGUGCUGCAUUGAAGGAGAAGAAAGAAUGUUGAUCUACGAAUACCUGCAGAAUAAAAGCCUGGAUUAUUUCGUCUUUGAUCAAAACCGAAGGAAGCUUCUCACAUGGCCUAUGCGUUUUGACAUAAUCAUGGGAAUUGCAAGGGGACUGCUAUACCUACACCAGGACUCCAGAUUAAAGAUUAUACAUCGGGAUCUCAAAACUAGCAACAUCCUUCUUGAUAGAGAUCUAAAUCCAAAAAUCUCAGAUUUCGGUUUAGCAAGAAUUUUUGGAGAGGGACAAUCCAUUGCUACAACAAGACGAGUUGUUGGGACAUAUGGCUAUAUGGCUCCGGAAUACGCUGUUUAUGGGAAGUAUUCUGUCAAAUCUGACAUCUUCGCCUUGGGAGUCAUAUUGUUAGAGAUUGUGAGUGGAAGGAAGAACAGAGACUUUGGCCAUAGUGAUGACGACCAUAGCCUUUUGGGACAUGCAUGGUUCCUGUGGGGAGAAAACAAAAUUCCAGAGCUAAUGGAUAAAUGUUUGAGCGAUACAUCUAUUGAAUCUCAAGUGAAGAGAUGCAUACACGUGGGAUUAUUAUGCGUUCAAAAAUUUGCAGAAGAUAGGCCAAUCAUGUCAUCAGUGGUAUUCAUGUUAGGAAACGAUGAAGCUAUUAUCCCGAAACCUAAAGAACCUGGAUUUUUUCCAGAAGAGAGUUGGAGCUGUCAAAGAAGUGCGUGUCAAGAAUCGAUCACUAUCACUGAUUUGGAGGCCAGAUGAAUAGGUCUCAACAUACUAGGAAUAGAUGCAAUAAAAAAUAUUGAUUGUUGUACUGCUCUGCUACUAUUCAGUAUAAAAUAGCCACUGGUUUUGGGUGUAAUUUUCUGUACAACAUGCAUGUACUUAUACAGUAAUACAGAUAAGCG